AUGUUUUCGAUAUUACUUUAUAUAUUCUUAAUAAUUCUUCUUAUUCUAUGUUUAAUUAUCUAUAUUAAAUUAAUUCGUCCUGAAAAAAUAAUCUAUGAUAAAUUUCGUGCACAAGGAAUUACUGGUGAACCAUUUAUACCUUUACUUGGUCAAAUUUCUGAUUUACAUCGUUAUCGAGAAGCUGAUAAAAUGAUGAAUUAUUAUGGAGAUCUUGUUGAAAAACAUGGUCAUGUUCUUCUAUAUAGUUUUGGUCCAGUUGUACGUUUAUUAGUAAAUGAACCGGAUAUGCUUGCUGAUGUCCUUAGUCGACAAAAUUCAAAAUAUUAUAUAAAACCAGUAAUAGCUACGACAGUUUUUGCACCAAUUAUUGGUUAUCAUAAUUUAUUAGUAGCUGAAGGUUCUGAACAUGAACGAGCACGUCGAAUGAUUAAUCCAGCAUUUUAUCAUACAAAUUUAAAAUCUAUGAUUUCAAUUAUUGCUGAUCGAACAAAAAAAAACUAUUGA